CAAUAAAAACAGUAUUAAAUUUUAAAAAAAUUGCAACGAAAAAGUUUUCGAUUGACUUUUGUUUCGUUCGCGGUGAAUGGCACAUUGCAUGCAGAAAUUUAUUCUUGAAUUUAUUAACAAGCGAAGCAUAGAAGAAAAAAAAACACGCAUAAAUAAAUGCCAAAAUAAUAAUUAGUGUACAUGAUUUCAUGGAAAUCCGAGUAAAAGACACAGAAGGUGUGAAAGAGAGGUCGUCGACGAUACAAGGGGAAAAAAUACCGCAGAACUUUCAAACGAUGUGUGUUUUUUUUUUAAUUUUUCCUUUCGAUGACGAAUGACAUAUAUACACACAACAAACACAGUUUUCCAUUCAUGCGAAAAUAAACGACGACGGCUAUGAAUCGUGGUGUGUGCAUGUGGUGUUGUUGUUUCAGUAAGUAAGCAGAGUAUGUCAUCAAUGACAUGAGUGAGUUCUUGUACACUUGACGGUUCAUCAUGUGCGAGCCCAAGCAUUGAAUACUUGUUUACGAUUUUGAAAAUUGGCGUCGUUAGACAUUCGAUAGCGUAAGGCGGCUCGGGUACUUGCGCGUAUAGAUUCGCGGUGAAUGGUUCGAGCGCCAACAAGGCGAGCGAUUAAUUGCAUACAAUUAUGCAGAAUGAAUGGCUUUGUGGUUGAUAAAACGUGUUUCAUGAAACGAAGCCUGCCUUUGGCCAAAUGCAGUGAUACGUUUGAUCACGUAAUGCGAAAUAAUGAUCGUCAAGAUCAAUCUUUCAUUUCGCCCAACAAUAUACUGCUCGAACCAUUUGGCAAAGUGGAAGAGGCCCAAUGUCUUUUGAUCGACGUUGGCACUUUAUCAUGAAUACGGUCGUGAGGAGAUUGUGCGCAUUUCAGCGCAUAUUUUCUCUUCGGACUUCCUUGGGUGCUACUGCAACUGCUGCUGCUGCUGUUGUACCAUUUCAUUUCCUCAAACAAAAAGUGCUACUAGUAUUUGCUCUGACUACGUGAAGCUGAGCAAUGACUCGUUUUAACUCAACUCGGCUGACUUAUGAAAAUCUCGUAUGCAAAAUUGCACGAGAGACGAUUCACCAGCACGAUAGAAAGUUCGCAAGUACACACACACACAUGUUGAGACUGCGAUAAGAUCCGCUGUUGUACAGGAGAAAAACAAAAUUAUUUCCUUCAAUCAAUUACAUUAUGUAUCGUAUGGUGUGUUUCGAAUAGGCAGUAGUGUGUGGAAACAUAUGCUGAAUUAAUCACCGGGUGAUUGUAAUUUCACGAGUGGUACCUCGAUUCGGAAAUAAUAUAUCUGCGCUUCGUCGUUUUUUUUUCUUUCUUCACACAAAUUAAUCUUGUACACGCCGAAGGUGAACAAAUAGCGGUGUUUUUUUUUUCUUCUCUUUCUCAAAUUUUCUUUUCUACAUCAUUUUCAUCGUAUUUCGAAACCGUCGUCAUCGUAGACUUUGUCGUCUCGGUCAUCGUCGUACGCAUCGUAACAUUUUACCAAUCUCAAUCUGAUCUCUUGGCAAAUUAUGAACGUCAUAAAUCAGACGUGAGUGCGUAAAGUAUCAAUUGUAAUAUCUACAGCGUAAAAAAUGGCCGUAAUAUGGAUCUCAUUAUAUUUUCUUAUCCGUUUGCUUGUGCAAGGCAUAGGGAGAAGAAGAAAAAAUAAAAUCAACUUCAUCGAAAGUAAUAAGUAAAGAAAUGUGCGAUACAAUAUCUAAAUAUGAGGCACUUACCGUAUACACAGCAUUUGCCGCAAAAAUACAAACCGAAACAAAGCCACACCACACCACACCGCACCGCACCGUCGAGGCUGUUAUUUUCACGCUGAAAGUGAAAAACGUGCGCAAACAUUCGAACACGCUAAAGCUAGAAAAAAGAAACACGUAUCGACCUAUUCACACACAUCCAGUAGAAAUUAAAAUACUUCCUACUUGAUUACUUCACUUGCUGCCUAUAUUUUCUGCCGCAAUUACACAAUGGCAAUGGCAAAGGCAAAGGCAGGCUAGCUGAAGAGGAAAAAUGCAUUUGCAAUCAUCAUCGCAAAUGGAAAUGAAAAUGGAAAUGGUAAUGGAAAUGAAGACAAUGAAAGCGAACAACAAUCACAAAUCAUAAUCAUUAACAUCAUCAUCGCGCGAGCACACGGCAAACGAGCGUCACACGGAUCGCGCGAAUAAAAAAAAACAACAACAGCAUAUCUCGCACUCGAUGUCUCGGCUUUGUUGUGAUGUGCAUUGCUCUGCGCAAAACCAUUGUGUAUUUGUUUUAUAUUAUUCGCGUUUUGGUGGCCGUGCUGCCGCUCAUUUCCUCCGUCUCUCUCUCUCUCUCUCUCUCUCUUUCGCUGCUCUCCAUCUUGCUUGCUCGUCCGUUCACUCAUUUUUAUUGUGUAUAAUUUUUGCAUCGGAAAACUCAAACACACAAAUUAUCAACGUGCUACAAAUGCAAAUUAUCGCACGCGUUACGCAAAUAAACACACCAAAUUUCACAACAUAAUUUACUGAAGAUGAUCGUGAUUACUUACUGAAAAUUGACUAUGUGCUUUUCUAUGUUAAUUUGCGUACGUUCCGCGGCGAGGGAAUAAUAUGCGAAAAUUGCCGCUUUGCAAUCAAUAAGCGGAAUUAUAUGUCAAAAAGUGCAAUUUUCAUCACUUUUUUUUUCUACCCCGUUGCUAUUGUUGCUGCUGCUGCUCAUAAAUCGUUUAGCAAUUCUGAGAGCCAUUUUCAAAUCAGACAUUGCUCGUUUGUGCGCGGAUUUGUGUCAUCAAAACUAGUCUAACUGACAUGAAAAUCAAAUGCAAAUGCUGCUCAACCAAGCGUUCAACGCUCAUCCGCCACAUUACGUUCCAAAAUCUUUGCAUAAAACCUGACACUAAACAAGAUAUUCAUUCUGUGUUCAUUUCCAAAUGAAAUGACAACUUGAGUGCAUCUUGGCAUGUGCCUGCACAGCGAGAGAAACGAACGCGCUCGGAGCAAACUGCUGAAAAUAUUCCGCUCCAGCGAAAAUGACAUCAUUGUACACAGAAUAUAUGAAUUAGUAAGCUAUAGUCGUGCUGUGCUUUAUUCAUAUUAUCUCAGCUGUACAUAUUAUUUUUCGCCUUCAUCACUUUUUACUGUUGGCAAAAGUGCAAAGCGUGUUUUUGCACCGUGAACACACACACACACACCAUUUCCAAUGAGGAAAAAUACAUUCAGACAAGUUGAAUUCAUUGUCGGCAGAGAGACAAUGAAAGCAUUAUCAGAUGGAAAUUGUAUUCAGAGUCUUUGGUAAUGCUUUGACUGUCACUUUUUUGUUGCCGCUGCCCGUUGCUGUCGUUGUUGUAAUGGCAUUUAAUCGAUUUGUGCACUGAAUCACACAUACUUUUCCUCUAUUUCAUUUUGCAAACACUUCGCAAUGCAUUGAACGCACACACACACACUCUCUCUCUCUCAAUCGGUCAUUAGCCCAAAUUAAUGUCACGUGGUUGUGUUUUGGUAAAUGUCAACGCUGUGUGCUUUUUUCCGUGUUUCCUUUAUCGAACUGAUAAUUUUGUCCAAAGUGCAAACCGAUAAUUUUCCCUCGAAAUACCAACAACGCCUUCCUCUUUGACGCCUUUCACUACAAAUGAAUUGCAGGUUUUAUGCGGUUAUAUCUUGUUUCAAACUCUUAUCUUUUCACAAUCUCAUAAGUCCAUUAUUCUAUAAAUCGAAAUGUGUGUGCUGGCGAGAAAUGUUCUGACCAAUGUCACUUACCUUAUCAGACGCGUACAAAUCUCGCGCGAAAAGUAUUUAUUGAAAUUUUGGCGAAGCUUUUUACUAUUGGACAAAACAAGCCUUCACUAUCAUGUCAAUGUAUCGGUUGAACAAGUGGUCAAAAAUUGUGUAUGACAUUUGCAAUGCACCAAACCGAACAAAAAUCAAUACAAAUCGCUUUUCAAUCGAUAGCUUGCGUGCACUCAAGCCUUCUUACCAUUUAAAAAUAGAACAAAUGUCGACCUGUGUGAAUCUCGUGCGAAAAUUUGACGAGCCAAUCACUUUGGUGUAAACAGUGAUAAAUCCAUGUUGUUGUUGUUUAUGUUCCUGUACGAAAGAGCAAACGGAAUGACGACGUUUGAUUAAGAUAUUGACAAUGUUGUACAUUGUUUUUGAUGCGAUAGUAAAAUGUCAUCGAUGUGUGAUGUCAUUCGGUGUGUGAGUAUGCCUAAAUUCAUGAGUUAAUCGGUUUUGUCUUGAGUCAUCUGUGAGUGAAGCAGUGUGUAUGGUCUCGCGACUAUUCGCAGAACAAGUUUUCUUGUGUUUUUUUUUUUUCUGUGCCGAUUCACUUUUAGUGGUCCCAUCGUCGUAUUUUGCGUUGAUCCGGUUCUAAUCAUGCGAUAAAACGAUAAAAACAAACGAAAACUGAAAAUACUUUCAUUGAAAAAGGUCUUUUGGAAAAUGUCACGACAUGUUUGUGUUUGUGUGUGUGCAAUGGAGUAUAAUAUGCAUACCUUUAGUGCAAACGCAUUUAUUGCUCUCCGUAACGCAAACGCCAUCUAUUCGGUGCGAACAUGAACACAAACAAAUUGACUCCAGCUGCCAACCGAUAUAUGAAUCGGUGGAAAUGAAGGAAGUGUAUAAAAAGUAUGCCGAACAAAACGAACCACAGCGUUUCCUCUAUAUAGAGAUGUUGUUGUAUUAUAACUCUGUAUGGAUCAAUUUGUUUGUUUUCAUGUUCAAACCGAACAGAUAGCGCUCGCGUUAGGUAGGACAAUAAAUGCUUUUGCACUAACCGUAUGAUAAUAUGCAGUCAUAAAAGCUAUUCUCGUUCGAUUUGCCAUUCAGCCUUAGAUUUUCCGGUUUGUUUGGCAUAAAAAAGAGAGUAUAUGAUGCAUAUAAUGUGGUGCAGUAAAAUGACAGGAGAAACAAGCUAGCAUCGAUGGCAAUUAUCAUGCCAUUCAAUGCUGUUUUCUUUCGUUUUGUCUCUCUUCUUCAUUCCUUGUCUCUCGUUGUUGUUGCUGUUGCUGCAUUGUUUUCUCGUCUUUUGAUUUUUUUCUUCGCAAAGAAAAUGUGUGCACAAUUCGCAACAAACAUUCGAUAUUCACGUAUAUAGUAAUCGGUGCAUUAGUCAUUUGAUUGACGUCAUAAACUGAAAAUGGUGUAUUCAAUACACAGCAUAAACGCCGAACUGUUUGAGUAGAAAAUAUUCCCAGUUUUGGAUGUGGGCAAUAAAUACUGACCCCUUUUGUGCACCUUCAUUCGCAUACGUGCAUUUUAAAGCGCCUUUUACUUGUCGCAUUUCUUCUUUUAUAAUCUGUGAGGGCAAGAUCAAUGAAGUGCAAAAAAAAAAAACCAUUUCUAUCGAAAUGAAAAAAUGUUCGUUCAAGUAUCGGAAACAUUAUGAAGAAAACAUGAGGUGGAUGUUAUUUGUUCGGCUUAAAUGAUUCUCCAUAAAAUUUCGCUCGAAAACGAAACGACUCACUCUUUCUCCCGGCUUUUAUUUCUUUCUUUUUUUUCUCUCGUUUGGAAAAGUGUUUUUUUUUUUUAUCUUCUAAUGCAAUGAAAUGGCCAUCUUUCAAUUGAAUGCUUUUAAAAUAGAAAGACGUUGCAACCGUUCGCACGGCUGCUCUGCACUAUGGCUUUUUUCUUUCUUUCUUCAGUAUACAGCCACGUACAAGGUUAAAUGACAGAGCAAAAAGAGUAUCAUUGCUGUCUCUAUCUUUGGGUCGGUCCGUCGGUUCGUAGGCCUCUCAAGAGUUACGGUUUUCAUUGUUGCACUUUUAAUUGAUACUUAUUCCAGUUAUAAAUCUACGACGUAACUCGUACGCAUAUUUAAAUUCAAACUGUGUGUCUGUCUGUUGCUUUUUACCAACGUUGAAUACAAAAGAAGUGAACGAAAAAACAGCAGCAACAACAACAAAACAGAAAAAUAAAACGGCAAUACUACCGACACACCGAAAGAGCAUAACACUGGCUGUCAACCAUCUGAGAGAGUGCAGAUGCUCAUCGGAGUGAAAAAGAGCGACCAGAUCAAGUGUGAUAAAAAGUGAGUCGGAGCGAGAGGCCAUUUCAAAAGAAUAAAUAUGUUGUACAAUUUACAUUGCACACACAUUAUUUUUCCGCCAUCGUCGUCGUCGUCGUCGUCGUCGUACAUGAACACAUUCGCUCGAAACAAAUAAAGAGAUAAAUGACGCGAACAACCCAACAAGAACUGGAUGAACAAAACAAGAAUUAAAUACACAUAUAUAAACACACAUACAGUAGCAGCGUUGCAACAAAACGUAGGCCAAGUAGAAGAAAGGAAAAUUGAACGUAAACAAAAAUUGCCUAUAUGAAAAAAGAGCGAAAUAACAACGAAAACAUACAACAAAACCAAAAUAAUGGAAAACAUACGAAAUAUAUAUGAAAACAAAAAAACACAUACAGAAUUUGAAUAAAAAUGAUGCGGUCGCAAGUACGACGGAACAUACAAUCUGAUGGCUAAACACACAACCGUUCGACAACAACGACGGCAACGACGACAUACACAUACAUGCAUGGCCGUCAAAUGUGUGCGAUCAUAGCAUAUAGAGGAAAACAACGUAAAUAGCAACAAAUAGAGACACACGUUGACAUCGAGAGUGUUUCACUCUUUAUUUCAGUUGCGUUCGGACGCUGUAUCGAUUCAAAUCGCGCGCGCGACCGUUCGUUUGUUUUGCGUGUGCUUGGAAUUUAGUUGAUGAUAUCGAAAAGAAGAAAAACCAAACUCACCAAACUGUUGAUAUUUAUUUAAUCUAUACUAAACUGUUGAUAUUUUUUUUUUAGUGGUAAUUGUCGCGCGCGAGUGAAUUUUUUUUUCUCUUGUGGUUCUGUUCUGUGUGGCCCAAAAGCAAAGUGCCACUGAAUGUGUGUGAUUGCUGUGGGGCAAACUCAGUGAAUUCGAGGAGCUCAAUUUGGAGGAGCCUUGAACCAAACUUGAUUUUUUUUUUUUGUUGGCAAAAUCAAGUCAACGUCGUACCGAUUCUAGUGUGAAGAAGAUGAUCGAUUUCAUGGAUGAUCUAGUGCCAUCGUCUCCUCCACUUGCAAUUAUUGCUGAACUGGCCGAUGCAUUACGAAAACGCAAAAGUCGAUCGGAUGCGUCGGACGAGGAUUUAGGUUUGCCAAGAAGCCCAUCGACACCACCACGUAAUGGCAGUCAUCAUGUGGUCGACGGUCAAAUGAAUAGCACGAACAAUGUUGGACGCCAUCAGCAUCACAGUUCAUUGGGUUUGCUGAGCAUGGCCAGUUCGGAAAUUUAUGAUGAUUCCAUGGAGUCGUCGAGUUUUCUCUCGACCAGCAAAUCAUCGUAUGAAAUUGGUAAACAUGAUGACAUAUUCCCACCUGAAAUUUCAUUGAACUCAAGCCGAGACUCGGACACCCGGCUCAGUCAUUCAGCUGCCAAACACAAAAUGGCUAUUCGACCAAAGAAAAAGGGCCCAUCGAGACCGCCAAGGAAACCAACUGACACAUCGAAUGCUCUGCCUUCAAUGCCCGAAGUCAAUGAGGAUUUCUUGAAAUCAUCCAAUGUCAUUGAGUCAUAUGUAAACAAAUCACAAUCGUUGCCACGUGGAGUGACCAGCAUAACAACGAGCAAAACCAUUGAAAAGCAUUCAAAUGUUUCCACAACGUUGAACAAGCAAACGAAAUCCAGAUUCGGCAAGACAUUGUAUACAAGUGGAUUUGAUGGCCGAGACCAAAAGGAUGUUAGCGACUCGAAUAAGAGUGUUUUGCCGUCGAUUACCAAGACGGACACAAGAACAUUGGAUUCGAAACGUGAAGAGCGAACACAUUCAGAAGAAGGAUUCUUUCGGCGUUUCAUCAAUCGCAGUGGCCGUAAGCAGAAAAAGGAACGUGAAACGAGCACAGCUGUUGACACCGAUACUCUGGAUGUGAAUAAGACGAGCAAAAAGAUGGAAACAUCAACGCCGGCUAUAAAAAAGAGUGCCGAACUAUCGAUAAUAAAUGUUUUAUCCAAUGUACGCGCUAAUGAUAUGCCAAUCGGUGCGAAAUCAUCGUAUUUACCAAGCAAUGAAAUCAACAAGAGUCCAAAAUCAUUGGUAAUGAAAAAUGAUAAACUACGAUCGGGCCCGAUAUCACGUCAACGAUACACAAAAGAAAUAAUGGACAUAGAAAAAACCGAUCCGAUUGAAACGCAUUCACCACAAAAACUAUCGCCACAUUCGACGCGCAAAGAGUUUGCCACCAGUUAUUUGCGCUUUUCGCCAACCAAAUCGAUCCAAAGCCAAUGUGAUGAUGAAAGUGAUAGUUUUGUACGCACAUCGCACCAUCGAUCGGAAGAGAUGCUGAACACGGCCACCGUAUCUGAUCCGAAUGCAUUCAAUGACGUUGACGAAGAUACACCGGCUCCGUAUUCGGUAUCGUUGCCGAAAAGCGUUUGGCCAAGUGAGAAUAAAUUCCCGCAAAAUGUGUCUCGCAAUGGUUACGGCUGGGGUCAAUGCCAACAGAAGAUCUCAAAAUUGAGCGGCGAUCAGCAGCAACAGCACCAAAUCAAAUCAUCAUCGCAAACAAAGGGGAAAAUGGUGGAGAAAUCGAAAAGUUUUCGCUUGUAUACGAAGAAUUUUAACAAUGAAACGACCGCACAAACACGUAACGAAAGUAGCAAACCAUCGUUAUGCCCAAGUUUGCCGGAUUUGAAUGCAUCGAACCGAAGCCCACUGGCACGACCAUCGCGCUACUCAUCGAAUCGUGAGAAUCUGCAAUCACUGCGCUAUUUGAACAACAGCGGCAACAAUUUGAAUGCGAAUGCAAACGCCAAUGCAAACGCAAAAUGGACGCCCACACGGAGUAGCUCAUCAUCGCGCAUUUCGGAGCAACGUUACAGCAAUAAUCGAUUCGAAAUUAACGACAUGAAUUUGAUUCCAACAUCGAAACUCUAUUCAACGCUCAACACAUCCGACGAAAUCGCAUCGUACGAUAUCGAAAAGGAUGACACACACUUGAUGCCCGCCGAUCAAAAUCCAAACCUUUUGCAAUCAGUCGCAUCAUCGAAAACACAUCACUCAAUUCAAAAUACGAAUAUCAACGAAAUCGAAGAUAACAUUGAUAAAAUCAUGAAGUCAUCGGUGGUGACCGUGUUGAAAAAAUCACCCACCGCUGAACUGUAUCAAAUCAAAACGAACAAUGGCAAUGUGUCGUUGACGACAAUUACAAAGGAUGAUCACGAAAGUAAUGGGCUGAAUGUGGCAACGGUUGAAAAUCCACCGUUGCUCCGACACUCGACCACCGCCACGAAACUCGAUCUUCAGGUGCCAUCGUCAUCACCACCAAAGAAAAUCAUCUCGGAUAUUCCGGAAUUCAUGCAAAUCCAACUGAAUCGCGUCGAUGCCAGCCGACCCAAAAGCUGUAUCGAAUAUUCGUCAACCAUUGUGUCGAGCGCAGUUGCGAGCAACAACAAUAAUGCUACGGCAUCAAGUGGACCAAAUGAAGAGGAUAAAGAGCGGCGAUUCAGUAACGAGAGCAUUGAAAUUAGCGACAAAAAGAAAGCCAUUAGCUCAUCGUCGAUGAAUGCGUUCAAUUCGAAUCUCAACAAGUCGUCGGAGUCGUUGAAGAGCGGUUUUGGUCAUCAGUCUCGUUCAUCGAUUGGUAGCCAGCAAUUAUCCCGUGGUAGUUCCACAUCGGAUCUGAAUAAAACGUCAAUCAUCAGUGAUAACCAUAGUUCGGAUGAUUGUUUGGAUUUGGACUUGGAUGAUGACAAUGAAGGACAUUUGGUGAUUGAGCGUCGCAAAUCAGUUUCCGACAAAAAGCUCAAAUUCGAACAGCAAAUCGAGAAAAUUCAAGCGGAAGUGAAGCGUUCAUCGAUCAUUGGUGCGGACAAAGGUGUCACUCCUCGAAAAUUGUCACUUGAAGAUGACAAUAGUUCGACGGUGGUGUUGCGUGGCAAAAAAUCGGCCAAAUCAUCGGAAUCCGCAGAUCCAACGCCUGAACUGAUGAAAGUGUUUGCCCGACGUUCGCUUAAAAUCAAAGACACCGACGAAUACCAAGUGCACGAUGACGCUGAACGUGAAUUACUCAAUCAGAAGAUGAACGACAGUGGUGGCGGCGGCGGUGCAAACAAUGAUACAAACAACAAUAUGAACCGAAUCAAUAAUGCAAAGAAUAGCAACCGAUUUAAUACAGACAGUGAUAAAGAAAAUAAUGUAUCAAGCGGUGCACAAAGCAGCAUACCAAAGGUGGAGAUUUACAUUAAACCGACGAAUGAUAAAAGUGGUGAUGCAUCGCCCAAAAAGGAUGCAUCGAUAAAAAAUAACGUGGACAUGACAUCGGUGAAAAGUAUCGGGAAAUUAUUCAACGGUGCAACGGCAAAUCGAUUCUCAUCGAAUCCAUCGAAUACCGCGCCCAGCAAUAAUUAUCGCAAUUCGACGGCUUUUUUUGAAAAUCUCCACAAUAGUCCAAACAAUCCAGCGGCGCGCAAUCAAAAAGAUGCAGCACCGGCUCCGCAAGAUAAUGGCGUUGUGCUGAUUAUCGAAAAAAAUCAAGGCAACAACAAUGAAAAUGUGAAUAAUAGCAAAUUCAAUUCAAAUUCAUACAAUAACAAUUUCACCAAAAAUACCACACCAAUCAUUUCGAAUAAAAUCGGUCAAAUUCAGUCAUCGAUGAAUCAAAGAAAUUCAAAUGAAGACACCAUGACAACAACCAAUGUAAAUUCCACAAAAACCACUGGAACCGUGUCGAAUAACAGCGCAGAUGCGAACAAUUCAUCACAAGACAUCGAUCACAAGGAGAAAGAGUACAAGGGGAUCUUGGAACGUAAAGCAGAAUGGGAGAAACGAGCGAGCCAGGCAUUUAAAUAAGUAACAUGUGCUUGCGCAACAAAAAUGAACAAACAAUAAUCAACGGCCAAAAGUCAAUAACUACCAAAAUUUUUGCAAGUUGAAACAUGAAGAGCUUUUUUUUUUCGCGAUAAUCAUACGUAUAGAAGAAAAAUAAACGAAUUAUAAGGUUUAAGAAUGGUUAAGAUGACGAAUUUUAGAGCUAGCAAACGAUAUGCAUUCAUGUCAUUGAACAAUAACGUUGGACAAGAAGAAUCGCUUAAAUUUCAAAAUGAAAAUGAGGAACAAUUGACAAAAAAAAUGUUAGUUUAAAUGUAAUUAAUCACUAAACAAAAUCAAUUUAACAUUCUCUCGUAUCAGUCUUUCACGAAUCACAAACUGACCUAUAUAUAUAUAUGUUUACUAUGUGUGUGUUUUUUUAAAUAACCUGAACUGAUAAAAAAAAAAACAAAAACUUAAAACGAAAAGAAGACAAAUCGACACCAUUUUGAAAGAGUCACGCAAAAGAUAUAGCGAGAUUUUUUUUUUGCCAAAAUGCUUAUAUAUUAUGAUCUAUGUAAAAAAAAAAAUUGGUAAAGAUAUAAACAAAUAUUUGGAGAAAAAAAAAUAUGAUUAUGUACGGUUAAAAAUCCAAAACAAAAAUAAAUACGUUCAUUUGUUGUUGUUAGUUAGAUAUGAUGAGAAAUUAGUAUGUUUUCUGUAUAGAAAUGAUAUAUUUGAAAAAUAAAAAUAUGCGCCUCUACUAAAAAAAA